CUAGACUGCAGCUAGAGCAGAUUCUCCACUUUUCAUCUCAACCACUCCCUGGUUAAAGAUGCAGAACGGCACUGAAGGAAACAACUUCUACAUCCCCAUGUCCAACAGGACUGGACUUGUAAGGAGUCCCUUUGAAUACCCUCAGUACUACUUGGCGGAUCCAUGGCAAUUCUAUCUGCUUGCUGUCUACAUGUUUUUCCUGAUCUGUUUUGGAUUCCCCAUCAACGGUCUGACCUUGUACGUCACAGCGACAAACAAGAAGCUCCAGCAACCCCUCAACUUCAUUCUGGUCAACUUGGCUGCAGCUGGAAUGAUCAUGGUAGUCUUUGGAUUCACCAUUACCUUCUUUACCGCCAUCAAUGGCUACUUCGUCUUUGGACCUAUGGGCUGUGCCAUCGAGGGUUUCAUGGCUACAAUUGGAGGUCAGGUUUCUCUGUGGUCUCUGGUGGUGCUGGCCAUUGAGAGAUACAUUGUCGUCUGCAAGCCCAUGGGCAGCUUCACAUUCACUACCACCCACGCUGGUGCCGGAUGUGCAUUCACCUGGGUCAUGGCAAUGACCUGUGCUGCCCCCCCAUUGGUUGGCUGGUCUAGAUAUAUCCCAGAGGGCAUGCAGUGCUCAUGUGGACCUGAUUACUACACCUUGGCCGAAGGCUUCAACAAUGAAUCAUAUGUGAUCUACAUGUUCUCCUGCCACUUCUGUGUUCCUGUCGUCACCAUCUUCUUCACGUACGGAAGCCUUGUCCUCACAGUCAAGGCGGCUGCAGCUUCCCAGCAGGACUCAGCAUCUACCCAGAAAGCUGAGAAGGAAGUGACACGUAUGUGCUUCCUGAUGGUUUGUGGUUUCCUGAUUGCCUGGACCCCCUAUGCAAGCUUUGCUGCCUGGAUCUUCUUCAACAAAGGAGCUGCCUUUACAGCCACAGCCAUGGCUAUUCCAGCCUUCUUCUCAAAGAGCUCAGCCAUCUUCAACCCAGUCAUCUAUGUGUUGAUGAACAAACAGUUCCGUAGCUGCAUGUUGGCUGCUGUAGGAAUUAGUUCAGGAGCUGAUGAUGAGACCUCUGUGUCAGCAAGCAAGACAGAAGUGUCCUCUGUGGGCCCUGCAUAACAACUUCAAAGGAUUACAUUUUUUACAUGGACUGGCAUAUUUUCAAUUAGGUAGAUUUAUUUUCUAAUCAGAAGAUGCCCUCUUACAGUACAGUCCUCAAAACAUUGCAUAAUCAAACAUAGCCAAUUUUUACUCUGCAUUUUAUGUUGCAGUUUCUUAGACCACCGAAGCACAGGAGAACUUUCACAUUGUGAUUUUUCAUUUUUUCCCAGCAAGGUGAAUCCUCAAGAGUUUUCAUGAUUAAAACCACUUGAAGGUUUGGUUUUUGCUCCAUAGCUUUUGGGCACCCGUCACAGUGAGACACAAUUCCCCUCUGAGCAUCACCUGCUGUAAAGGACAGCAAUACCACUAAAAGGCAAGUCAUGCUACUGUGACAGAAAGUGGAUUCUUGCCAAUUACAGGGGAGGGGGCAGCAGGUAGCGUAGCGGUUAAGAGCGUCCGGCCAUUAACCAAAAGGUUGCUGGCUUGAAUCCCAGAGCCGACUAGGUGAAAAAACUGUUGAUUGAGCAAGACACUUAACCAUAAUUUCUACUAUAUGUCACUCUGGAUAAGAGUGUCUGGUAAAUGACUAGAAUGUAAAUGUUAUUACGCUUCAAGGCUUCUCCACCCUUUCACAAAUCUGCACUUGGUAUACUGACUGUCAUUCUUUUUCAAAAAAGUGACAUGCAAACCAAAUUAGGACUCUUUUCCAUUGCUUCACACAAUAACUUCUCUACAUAAUUGCUUGAGCUUGAGAUGGCAUAGUGAACUACUCUCAUGCUUUUGUCUUGAAGGAUUGAGAUUGAAUUGGUACGAAAUGAGGCUACAUAUACUGAGUGUACAAAGCAUUACAAAUAUCUUCCUAAUAUUGAGUUGCUGAUUGUGCCCCUACUGUCCCUUCACCUGCGGGGAAUCCAGGAAGAGAGAAGUCUCUAAUAACAAAUAUGUGGAUUGUUGGGAGGUUAAAUUGCUUAGGAGCCGACAAUCAUAAUUGUUCUAUUUAUUACACACUUAAGCCCUCAGAACAUCCUCAAUUUGUCAGGGCAUGGACUCUACAAGGUGUUGAAAGCAUUCCACAGGGAGGCUGGCCCAUGUUGACUCCAAUGCUUUCCACAGUUGUUUUAAGUUGGCUGGAUGUCCUUUGAGUGGUGUACCAUUCUUGAUACACAUGGGUAACUGCUGAGUGUGAAAACCCCAGUAGCGUUGCAGUUCUUGACACAACCUGGUGUGCCUGGCACCUUGUACCAUACCCUGUUCAAAGGGACUUAUGUUGUCUUGCCCAUUCACCCGCUGACUGACACACAUACACAAUCCAUGUCUCAAUUGACUCAAGGCUUAAAAAUCCUUAAUUAAUAUGUCUCCUCCCCUUCAUCUACACUGAUUAAGUGACAUCAAUAAGGGAUCAUAGCUUUCACCUGGAUUCACCUUUUUCAUGGAAAGAGCAGGUGUUCCUAAUGUGGCUUUUGUUGGCCACCUUUAUGCUAUAAUUUGCUGAAAACAUUUUAUAAAUACUUAUUAAUGUUAUUUUAGAUUAAUAAAUGCAUGCAUCAAAAGGUUUUUGUGUCGUUUAAUGUUUUUGACUGGAUAUGUGCAAAAAUAUAAUUAUAUGA